AUGUCCAAGGUCACCUACAGGACACCUGACUCCCUGUGGCCCAGGGCGCACCUGACCACUGACUUCAUGGUCAUGGCCACUCCUGCCAGGGCCAUCCUGCCCCUCAGCUUCUGGCCACUCCUGUCUGGCAGCAAGGAGGAUGUGCUGCACUUGGUUCAGUACAUGAGCACCACCGAGGUGAUCCUGGCCUGCACUCAGCCCUUCUCCGAGCACGAUGGCAUCCACAGAGGCAGGUCCAUCACCGAUUCACCGUCCCACUUCAUCUACUACCCCAAGCAUGUCUUCCCUAGUGGCACCGGGGUCAUUCUGGCCUCCUACACCCUGGAUGACAACACCCGCUUCUUCUCAGCCAGGGACCACAUGUGGGUGGUGGACAUAGUGCUGGACGACCUGGCCAGCAUCCACAACUUCCCCAAGGAGGAGCUCUGGGCCUUGUGCCCCUACUCCUUUGUCAAGAACUGGGGCCAUGAGCCCCACUCCAUGGGUGGCUUCACCUUCUUCACCCCCUACCAAUUAGUGGACUAUGCCAAGGACCUCAGCCAGCCAGAAGGGCAGGUGUACUUCAAAGGGGAGCACAUGGCCCUCCCCAACAGCUGGAUUGACAUGGCCAUCAAGUCUGGACUCAGGGCAGCCAAAAGCAUCCAGGCGGCUGUGGGCUUGGUUGAGGGACAGGAACCCAGGGAUGCGAGAGAGCCCCACUCCAAAAAGGAGCUACGUCACCAGAAGCAACAGUGUUAUAAAGAUAGUGGUUAUGCUGGCCACAAUGACUUCACAAUUCUGGGGCUGUACACCAGAGAGGAAACUUCACAUCUCCUGUUUGCCACCAUCUCUGCCAUUUUCCUCACCAUACUGCUGGCCAAAUGGAUGAUGAUCUUUCUGAUCUACACUGACUCGCACCUCCACACACCCAUGUACUUCCUGCUCAGCCACCUUUUCUUGAUUGACAUGAUGUACAUCUCAACCAUCGUUCCCAAGAUGCUGGGCCAGAGAACCAUUUCUUCUGUGGGGUGCACAGCUCUGCACUUCCUCUACCUCAUCCUGGUGGGGGCCAAGUUCUUCCUGCUGGGGCUCAUGGUCUAUGACCACUAUGUGGCCAUCUGUCACACCCUGCGGUACCUGGUGCUCCUGAGCUGCUGAGUGUGCUGGAUGAUCAUAGCAGGCUCCUGGUUUGGGGGCUCUCUGGAUGGCUUCCUCCUCACGCCCAUCACCAUGAGCUUCCCCUUCUUUGGCUCCUGGGAGAUUCACCACUUCUUCUGUGAGGUUCCCACAGUGCUGAGCCUGGGAUGUGCAGACACAGUCCUGUAUGAGACAGUGAUGUAUGUGUGCUCUAUGCUGAUGCCACUCUUGUUCUCUGUGGUGAUCACUUCCUAUGCCUGCUUCCUGACCACAGUCUACCACAUGAGCUUAGUGGAGGGCAGAAAGAGGGCCUUUGCCACCUGCUCAUUCCACAUGCUUGUUGUGACCCUGUGCUACCUGGCCACCAUGUACACUUACAUGCUGCCACUCUCUUACCACACACCAGCCCAAGACAAAGUCUUCUCUGUGUUCUACACCAUACUCACACCCAUGCUGAACCCCCUCAUCUACAGUCUGAGAAACAGGGAUGUGGCUGGGGCACUAAGGAGGGUGCUGGGGAAAAAUGGCAGCUUCAAGAAACAAAUUUACCCAGGAUUAACCAUGCCUAUUUUCCCCUCCCAGGAUAUUCACCACUCAAAAAGAAAAAAAUACCCAGGUCUUUAA